GAUUACAGGCCUUCGCCAUCACGCCCCUGGCUCUUGCAUCCGAAUUUAAAGAGGGCUGGGGACGUAGCUUCCAGGGAAGGUUCAGGAUUUAACCUCAGUUACUGCUAAAAAAAACCACAUCCAAGCUAGGCGCGGCGGGCACGCCCAUAACCCCAGCACUCGGGAGGGAUCAGUGGGAGUUUGAGGCCAGCCUACAUAUCGAAUUCAAAGCCAGUCUGGACUACACGGCCAGACCUCAUCAACAAAGACCAAAACUCAAAACAACCCCAAAGCACGUUGCCAAAACCAGGGUUCAGAAGUUUUCAUUUUUUGGCUCUUAUAGUUAAUUUUCAACCCAUUUUCGGUUGUUUUCUUGAGGGGGUAGGAUAGAGGUCCCCCCGCGGCUAUGCAGUUCCCCUACUUCCACUUCUGAAAAGAGAAAGUGGAAUUUCAGGGACCCUGGUCACCCGUCGGCGCCUGCUGGAGAUACUGCGCUCGCGGCGUUUUCCGGGCCACACUAGGCGCCCAGCAUGCACUGCGCGGCGGCACGUGGGGGACCGGGUGGGGAAGGGGCGGCCCGGGCGGUGCUGGAAGGAAAGGGUGGGCCGCGCGGGCCCUCCCGAGAGCUCCCGAGAGUUCCCGAGGGCUCCCGAGCACCCUCGCUGACACCCAGCGCCAGCCGAACGACGACUCGGCCGCCGAAACGCGCCGCCCCACCUCUGGCGGGUCGGACUCGUGGCUUCCCGCGGAAACCGACUCAAGGGGACCAGCCGCGGCCGAGAUUCGCAGCAGAGCGGCCGAGUUCCCGCGCGGGCGCCCGCAGGUGGGGACCGGGCGGGCGGGUCCGGCGGCGGGAAGGGCCCGGCCACCAUGUCCCGCCCGAGCCUCCUGGACGCCUCCGCUGCGCGCGCCAGCUGUCUAGACUUAUGGAGGGAGGAGAACGACCGGCUUGUGCGACGCGCCAAGGGAGCAAUGGCGCGGGAGUGCGAUCUGAGACGGCAGCUCUUGACUCAGGACGUGCUGGAGGGGCUGCGGGGGCUCCUGCGCAGUCUGCAAGGGCUCCCUGCAGCUGUUCCUGCCCUCCCCUUGGAGCUGGCCGUUACCUGUAACGUCAUUAUCCUGAGAGUGAGCCUGAGCCGGGUUUUCCCUGAAGACCAGGCGCAGGGCAUCCGGCAGGCCUUAGAAAGAGUGCUGGAGACCCAGGAGCAGCUGGGGCCCAGGUUGGAGCAGGGGCUCAGGGAGCUAUGGGACUCCGUCCUCCGAGCGUCCGCCCUGCUGCCGGCCUUGCUCCCUGCCCUGCACCUCUUGGCUGGCCUGCAGGCAGCCCUCUGGUUGAGCACUGACCGUCUCGGAGACCUAGCCUCGAUGUUGCAGACACUGAAUGGCUCCCAGAGCAGGGCCUCUGAAGAUCUGUUGUUGCUUCUAAAAGCUUGGAGCCCUCCUGCUGUGGAAUCAGAUGCCCCCCUGAUCCUGCAGGAUGCCCAGGGUUUGAAAGAUGUCCUUUUGACAGCAUCUGCCUUCCGCCAAGGCCUGCAGGAGUUGAUCACAGGGAGGCUACCCGAGGCACUGAGCAACCUGCAGGAAGCAGCCUCAAGUCUGUGUUCCCGGUCUGUGCUGGCCCAGGUGUAUACAGCACUGGGGAACUGUCUCCGUAAGAUGGGAAAUCCACAGAGAGCGUUGCUGUACUUAAUUGCAGCUCUAAAAGAGGGGUCUCCCUUGGGUCCUCCUCUUUUGGAGGCUUCCAGAUUAUACCAGCAACUGGGGGACACGACAGCAGAGCUGGAGAGCCUGGAGCUGCUGGCUGAGGCCUUGAGUGUCACUCACAGCUCUGAAGCCCCCCAGAUUCUCAUUGAGGUAGAACUGCUACUCCCACGACCUGAUCCAGCCUCUCCCCUUCACUGUGGCACGCAGAGCCACGUCAAGCACCUGCUAGCAAGCCGCUGCCUACAGACGGGGAGGGCAGAAGAUGCUGCAGAGCAUUACUUAGACCUGCUGGCCCUGCUGUUCGAUGGUUCAGAGCCAAGGCUCUCCCCACCCUUAUGUCCCCCAGGGCCCUGUAUGCCAGAGCUGUUCUUGGAGGCCGCGGUAGCGCUGAUCACAGCAAGCCGAGCCCAGGAUGCUCUGACUGUCUGUGAGGAGCUGCUCAGCCGCACAUCAUUUCUGCUUCCUAAGAUGCACCGGUUGUGGGAAGAUGUCAGAAAAGGAACCAGGGAACUGCCACACUGCCCCCUGUGGGUCUCUGCUGCCCACCUGCUUCAGGGUCAGGCCUGGGUUCAGCUGAGGGCCCAAAAAGAGGCAAUCAGUGAAUUUAGCCGUUGUCUUGAGCUGCUCUUCAGGGCCAUGCCUGAGGACAAAGACCAAGGAGCAGCUUCCAACUGUGAGCAGGGGUGUAGGUUGGAUGCAGCACUGCAACAUCUUCGGUCAGCUGCUCUGAUCAGUCGUGGACUGGAAUGGGCAGCCAGUGGCCAGGACUCCAAAGCCCUACAGGACUUCUUCCUCAGUGUGCAGAUGUGCCCAGGCCACAGAGAUGCUUCGUUUCACCUGCUUCAGACCCUGAAGAAGCUCAACCGGAAGGAUGAAGCCAGUGCUGUUUGGCGGAGACUGAAGGCCCAGACUCAGCCGCCACAGGAAGGAGCUACCUGGUCUCUGCCACUGUACCUGGAAACAUACUUGAGCUGGAUUCAUCCACCUAACUGUGAAACCCUCCUUGAAGAGUUUCAGACGUCGCUAGCAGAGCCUUGCUGACGUGUUGCUGCCACAUUUCCAAGAUCUUGAGCUGGGACCUCAGUCUACCAUCUCUUCAUGGGGAGGGCUUUUUUCUGCCUUGCCGUUGGAGAAUGUGCCUGGAGCUGUUUAUUCCUGUAUAACUCCUGUACUGGUGAGGUUGGAGAUAGUCCUAUGAAGUUUGGCACAUUUACUGCCAUUUUGGUUCCACAAAAAGCGUUGCCUACCACCAAGAAGUCAUUGCCUUUGACCAUGACACUUUUUUUCCUUUUUUUUUUUUAGUGUUGAGUAGAACUCGUGUUUUUUGUCUGCCUCCUACACAUAGUUGAGUGUUGGUUAUCUAAGGUGCCCUCUCCCAGAAUUUUUUUUGGGGGGGUAGGGGGAUAGUGCUGGGGACUAAACCCAGGGUCUCACAAAUGAACCCCUAGCUCUUGAACAUCUGUUUUAUGAGCUUGUGAUAUGGGCAUGAGAAAAAGCUAUAUACCCUUACUCUGGAAGCAGUUUUAGACCUUUCCAUUGCCUAAAAGCAGAGCCUCAAAGUCCAGGAUCCUGUGCUAGGUGCACUUGAGUGGAAUUAGGUCUGGUAGGUGAGCUAGAUGGGCCUUUCCAGACAUGGCAGUUACGGUACUUUAUACUUAAGAGAGACAGCAGACCUCUUGUAAAAUAAUUCCCCACUCUGUCCCUAUUAGAACUUGGAUCUGUCUCAGUCGAAUACAUCUGUGUGGACGGGGUGAAAGAGUAAGCUGAGUCAGUAUUCACCAAGAGCUGCUCAUUGACAGCGUCAGGGCCAGCAGUCAUCUUGGGCCAAAGACUUCUAGUCCCAGCAUACAAUUUUCUUGCUGCCUUGGACUGUAUUGAAUCUACUGUGUUCUGUGGUUGUCUUCUUUUUUUUUUUUGAGACAGGGUCUUGCCGUGUAGUCUAGGCUGACCCUGAACUCACUGUAUAGCCCAGG